CAAUGAGCAGGCGCGAUGCUGGGGGGUGGAGGCAGGAGGGAGAGAGGUGCUGCUCUCAACAUGGUGGAAGUGAUGCUGUUGAGACCGUGAGUCCGACAUCGAUCACCCGGCCGUCCCCACCUCCUUCUCUCCCCGCCUGCCUGACUCCCCGCCCCCCAUCCGGCCCGCUCCUGAGGCAGGUGCCCUGCCGCCCCGGCUCGGGCCUCCUCUUCUCCCGGUUCCCUGUUCCCACCCCCCUCCCUUUCCCGGCCACAAUGCUGCUCUCCCUCGUCGUCCACACUCACUCGCUCCGCUACUGGCUGCCGGCCGCUGUGAUGAUGGGUACGGCCCCGGUUUACCUUCUCACCUGGGCGGCCUGGCGCCUCCUCUCCAUGCUGCUGCCCGCCCGCCUCUACCACAUCAUGGACGAUCGGCUCUACACUAUCUACCAGAGUGUUGUCCUCUUCUUCUUCGAGAGCUACACCGGGGUGGAGGUUGUUAUAUAUGGAGACCUGCCAGUGAAAAAGGAAAACAUGGUUUACUUAUCAAACCAUCAGUGCACAGUUGACUGGAUUAUUGCUGAUAUGUUAGCAAUCCGACAAAAUGCACUUGGCCAUGUGCGUUACGUUCUAAAGGAUGGGUUGAAGUGGCUUCCCUUGUAUGGAUGGUAUUUCUCUCAGCAUGGAGGAAUAUAUGUCAAGCGAAGUGCCAAAUUCAAUGAAAAAGCAAUGGCUAAUAAACUUCAACAGCAGAUAAAAGUGGGCACCCCAGCAUAUCUUGUGAUUUUCCCAGAAGGAACCCGUUACAACCCAGAUAAUCCACAAGUGAUUGCCGCAAGCCAGGCAUAUGCACGUACAGAAGGGCUACCAGAGCUAAGACAUACAAUGUCACCACGUGUGAAGGCAACACGAGUAGCCAUUAACACAAUGAGGGGCCAUCUUGAUGCAGUAUAUGAUAUAACUGUUGCAUAUGAAGGAACGAUAAAAAGUAAUGGACAUCGGGCAACAGCUCCAUCUAUGCCUGAAUUUUUGUGCAGGGAGUGUCCAAGGAUACACAUUUUCUUUGAGCGUGUGGAUGUGAAAGAAGUUCCAGAGGAGGCUAUUUUCCUAAAGAGGUGGUUACAUGAACGCUUCGAAAUAAAGGACAAGUUGCUAACAGAAUUUUAUGAGGCAGAAGAUGAACAGAAGCGAUGCAAAUUUCCUGGAGAAGGCCGCAGAUCACAGUUGAGCCUUAUGAGGACUCUUCCAUCCCUGCUCUUCCUUGGUGGUCUGACAGUCCCCAUGCUGCUGACAGAAUCUGGAAGGAAGAUCUAUAUGAAGACAUGGAUUUAUGGAACAUUAGUGGGCUGGUUAUGGGUUAACAUUAGACCCUAAAACUCCAUUCUUUAAUGCAAGUUCUAAUUAUUUAGAAUAAACCUAAUGUAAUUGCUUGUAUAGCAUUUUUUUGGAAGUUACCUGUAAAAUGGGAUUUCAAAAUUGCCAUUGAAGGAAAUUUUAUAUUCUAAUGAAAAACAUUUGCCUUAAUGACUGAAAUGAACAUAUUCCAGUAAUGUAUCUGUUUGGUAUGGCUGUAAUUUAGUAGCAAUAGUUUACCUGCUCAAUGUAGUUUUAGAACCCUGAUGUGUUUCAGUGCAGUUGAACAAAAUAUUGUAGGUUGUUUAAAGAAUUCAAAUGGUGGUGGGAUUAAUUCCUAUCGAGAACUGGAAAAGUGCUUGAUUUGAUGCUACAUGUAGCUAUAGGCUGUACUGUUUUGAGGGGCAAGAACUGAUGUAUAGCAGUACUUGUUUCCAUGAAGUCUGCUACUUUAUGUUAUGCUGUAUGUUACAUGAAAAGACUUUUAAUUGUUUUCAGAAGGCAUCAUUGCAUUUUGUUCUGAAUUAAGGAGCUUAUGGCAUUGGUGCUCUGAAUGGUGAAAGGGAUAAAUCAGUGGUUCGUGGUCCUUUAUACUGCUCUAGCUAAGUGUAGUAUCGCUAAAAAUCAAACUUCCAAGAACAUUUCCAGUACAAUGAAAUUGCUUUAAAGCAUGGUUUACCUGUGGGGGAAAAAGGACAAUGCAUUAUUUGUGGCUGUGAAAGAUGGGUAAAAUGCUAAAUUUUAGUUGCUGACUGCUUAGUUUCGUGAACUAAUGGUGAUUUUUUAAAAAUAUAUAAUUGUGGCAUUUCAGAUGAUGUGUGUACAUACUAAAAGUACAUAAAUGGUCAAGUUGUUGGACUGAAACCAUUUGUUGUCAUUCAUUAUAUUCAUACAUCACCUUGAAUACCAUCAUCUGACAUACAAUACAAUGAAGAUAAAGCACUGGAAAAUGAAGUGGGUUACAGUACAUGUUGACCUUUGUGUGGAUAAAUGAUUAAGAAUCUACUGCUUGUCCGUUUAAUCAUUGAGUUGCUUAGUGAAUGUGAACUGUUUCUUAACUGUGUGAUGCCUUUAUGUGCCGUUUACUGUAUUUACAGAAAGCAUGUGCCUUUUGCCUGUUACUGACUGGUUCAUACUCAGCAAUGGUACUGAUAACAGUCUUAAUACAGGCAUAUUAGAAAUGCAUCACAAUUAUAACUUGCAACUGGAUUUGCUUAUGGAAAAGAUGAUACUCCCUCUAGUGGGUAAAGAGAGCUAGACUAACCUUGUGAUUUCUCAAACUGUUUUGUUUUUCUACAUGCAGUGUGUACAGUAAAGCCCACUCUAUCCAAGUGUACAAAUCCAAAGUUUUUAAUCUUGCUCAAAGUUUAUAAUUCCUAAGUGUACUAUUUGAGUGCACCUGCUGUUGGAAUAGUGCUUAUGAAUGCUGAAUAGUUAAACCCGCUCUAAUUUUACUUACCUCAAACACAAUUCAGACAAAGUAAAUAUUUAUAAUAAUUUUUAGGUGUUAUCACUGGCAUGAUUACAUAUCCUGAAUUUCUUUCCCCAAGAGCACAACUGUGAGCUAAUGGAAAGUAUUAUCAAUGUUUUUACACAUUUUCAGGAUAAUUCAAAUGGUGCAAUGCCAAUGUGAUUAAUCAUAGUUUCUUAUAAUUAAUGAAAGAAAAAUCACCUUUAAUGCAGGUUGGUUUAUUCUGAUGUUCAAUUUUUAAAAGCACAUUUGUUUUAAUAGACAGUAUGUUUACAACAUUUAUCACAGUACCAUAUACUUGCAUGCAUAUUGGUUUUAAUGUUUUCUUUUACAGCAUUUUUAAGCAUUAUAAUUUGUGUACACGUUGCUUAAAUAAAUUUUAAAUGAUUAAAGUA